GAUCCUGCCAGAACACCUCCUACCUUCUCCUCGACCAGAAACUCUGUUGUGUCUCACCUGAUGCAAAGCAGUGCUCCAAGUCCCAGAGGAAAGAAUUUUAUGAUGGAAUCCACCGCCAGUGGGUACAAAGGUGAAACUUGACCAAUAAAUACUUCUCAGCACCGAAAAGGCACUUUUGGAAUUACAUCCAUGAGAGCUGUGAAUUUAAAAUCCUAUCCUGCGGCAAGAGAAUCACUUACUGCCAGACAUCCUCAUUUAAAAGAAGUCACAGUCUAAUGAUGAAAUGAGCUUUUUUCAGCAGAAAAUGAAGACUGCUGUAAAGACUGCCAAAGAUUAAGGAUGAGGGCAAGCUGUGAAAAAAUGCAACUAUUAUUCCUGAAGUAACACCAGCAGGUGUGACACAACAAAUUAGUUUAGAUAGUUCCCAGCCUUUCAAGUGAGCCCAGGAAAACCAUCAUGGAGCUGCAACACAACACCAAUCACAACCAAGCCUUGUGGAAAGAGAUACCAUGGGAUUUCACAGAGGAUUGCUCACUCUCAGUGAGUGGAACCACUUUUCUCAUUGUUGCUUACAGCACAGUUAUGGCAGUGGGUCUCAUUGGGAACUCUUGCCUGGUGUUUGUUAUCACACGGCACAAGGAGAUGCGCAACGUCACCAACAUCUUCAUUGUCAACCUUUCUUGUUCUGACAUCCUCGUGUGCAUUGUCUGCCUGCCAGUAACAAUUAUCUACACUCUGAUGGACCACUGGAUCCUAGGAGACACCCUCUGUAAGCUCACACCCUUCAUCCAGUGUAUAUCAGUUACUGUUUCAAUCUUUUCCCUCGUCCUUAUCGCCAUGGAGCGCUACCAGCUCAUUGUCCACCCGACUGGAUGGAAGCCUGUGGUGGGCCAGUCCUACCUGGCCGUGGCUGUCACCUGGAUUGUGGCCUGCCUAAUCUCAGUGCCUUUCUUCUCAUACAGCGUACUUACCUUGCCUUUGCAGAACCUGAGCAUCCCUUUCCCAGUCAGUGAUCAGCUUGUUUGUAUGGAGCGGUGGCCAUCGCUUCAAGAACGGCGAGCUUACACCACCUCCUUGCUCGUCUUCCAGUACUUCCUUCCUCUCAUGCUCAUCACGGUCUGCUACCUGCACAUCUACCUGCGCCUAAGGAGGAGGAAGGAGAUGGUGGAGCGCAGCAGGAACAACGCUCAAAAGAAAAACAAGGGCUCCACAAGGAUCAACGCCAUGUUAAUGUCCAUAGUGGUGGCGUUCACCCUCUCCUGGCUCCCUCUCAAUGUCUUCAACACGGUGUUUGACUGGAACCAUGAGGCCAUCCCGUCCUGUAGCCAUGACGUCAUCUUCUCAUUCUGCCACCUCACGGCCAUGGCCUCCACCUGCAUCAACCCCAUCAUCUAUGGUUUCCUGAACAGCAAUUUCCAGAAACACCUCAAGUCCACUCUGUUGCGGUGUCGCUGCUGGGGGGUCGCAGAGCGGUACGAGAGCGUCCCGCUCUCCACUGUCAGCACAGAGGUCACCAAGGGUUCAAUCUUGAGCAAUGGAUCUAUCAGCAUCAAUACUUAAAUCCAAGCCUUUCUAGUAAAAGACAAAGAAACCACUGGGACCUCUCCAGCCCUCAUUGUUUCAUCCUUUAGAGCUUUUCUUGCUUCAUUUCGUGCAAAAGCAAGGUUUUACAUUUACGAAGUUAUAAACCUCACAAUAGCAGUCUAGGUGGAGCAAACUGAAGACAAUAGCAUGGAAUGGUGCCCUCGAUUCAGUAUGACUUCACAUGCAAGAGGAAGUAGAUAACAAAAUGAUGGUGCAAAGGUUGGCCUCAACUGAAGACACUUUACAUGAGCACUUUUGCCACUGUAGUCUGUAUAGUCCAUUCCCCAUGUUCACAUACAAAUGAAAAGAAAGCAUUUAAUCCUGUUUACAAAUGCCAUGUUUUCUUUCUCAAGUACUGGGAUCUAGAAGAAGUCAUGUUUAAGGAAUAUCAGCUGUUCUGGGUUUUCUUUUCACACUUUCAGCUACUAUAAAUGAGAGCAAUGGAGGGACCAGAGUGUACUGAAAGGACUAAGGGUUUGGGGUUGUUCUUUUCAUUUUUUCUGUUUUAUGUUAAUAGUAUUGAUGAAAAUACUAAGGGAUUGUGAACUGUGAUAUGUUAGUGAUUAUUGACAGAGUAGCUUAUCACACAACUGAAAGAGAAAACAUUAGUGCAUUGAAUGUGGCUCCAGGCAUUCAUUCAGCCGAUUUACUAGCAUUAUCUUAAUGCAUUUCUUAUCACCCAAAAUCACCACAAACGAUGUAAUGGUCUUUUACAAAGAACCUUGGCAAGAGCUAUAUACAUUUCUGCUGUCUGCCGAGGUCUGCAUUCCAGUAUACUGUGUGUGUGGAAUGGUUUUUCUCAUUAAAUGUUCCAUACAACAGCCAUAUAUCAAGUGCCAUAAAACAAAAUAAAAACAGCAGUAAAGGACUUUGUCAGAGCAGGGUUGUUCUGCUGUAUAUAAAUUUACUAAGUACAUGUAUGCCCUGUAAAAGAUGUGACACAGUUAUAGUUUAUGGUGUGGUUGGCAAUAAAGAGCACUGUGUAGCAUAGCAGAUAUCU